AUGUCCACGGAAGCUUGUCGUGAUAUAAACCCGGUUGAUGCACUCAUCAGCGUUUCUGAGACGAUUUUAGGUCAGCAAGAGGUACCAAGCGGGUUUAAUGGAGAUCUUGAGAGGCUUUACCGGAGACAAUGCAGAAAUGGCGAGGUCAUCCAAGGACAGAUGGAUACAUGCUUGUACAUGGGUUCGUACGAAGCACGAUGGCUUGCAUUGAUUUGCCAUACGAAUUGUGUCUUCUUCCGACUUCAUAGUCGCAAUGUAAGAAUGGUGCCAUUCCUCACCUGUUCGACUGUCGAACAGCAAGAAAAUACUACCAGACUAUUCCAUAUGCAGGCGCAGCUAGUGAAAGUUCCGGAGGAGGAUAAAAAGGCUACGGCGAGGCAUCUCUCACCAGGAGGGUGA